GACCCUCUCUCUCCUCGGCAGACUUGGUGGCAAUUCUCUGAUGCUGAUUCCUGCGUAGUAGCUACAAUACCUUAGCUUUGGAUAGACAGAGUACACUGGAUGAGUACUUUCUAUAGACUUUGACUACUGUCAUCAUCAUCAUCAUCAUCAUCAUAAUCCCGUUUAAUCUUGUCUAGAGUUCUUUUAACAGUGAAUUAGUGACAUUAAAUUGUGUAAUACUGUAUAAUCAGGCAAAACCCCUCCAUAAAGGACACCCCGCUAUAAUGGACAAAAUGUUGUGGCUCUAAGUCGUCCGCCUUAGAGGGGUUCCACUGUAUUCCCUCACCUUGUUCAUUAACAGAUACAAAACUUGUGGAAUUACGAAUGUACCCUUGGAGCCUUUUCAAAUGAAGGGAUGCAAACUCAACCUUACUGCAGGACUGCACCAGCUUAUUCGUUUGGAAAAGGUCAAAGCACAACAAGUGAUCUCAUUCCCACCAUUGUCAUAGAGUUUUUGUUUACUACCCAAUUAAAUCCAACUGAUGUCUCAGAGGUUGAAUCACAUAUUAUUGAGUUAGUGCAGAAGAACAUUGUUGCCAAAAACUGCACACAAGAAAUAAGGAUUAAAAUAUUUCACCUCAACAUAUCCUAAUGACUGUGUGAUUUAUUAUACUGCUGAUGAUAAAAAUUAUUGUUGAUGGAGGUCUCUGGCACUGAU